AUGAUUGAUCUCCUCAAAUGUUUUUCAGAUGUUAAGCGACUAAUUGGAAGUAGGUUUACUGACCCACAAGUGCAAAAAGACAUGAAGUCGUGGCCUUUCAAGGUCAUUGAAGGACCUUCGGAGAAGCCAAUUGUUGUAGUGGAGUUCAAUGGCGAAGAGAAGAAAUACGCACCAGAAGAAUUAUCGGCCAUGGUUAUGAAGAAGAUGAAAGAAGCUGCUGAAGAAUUUAUCGGGACAGAAGUAACUGAUGCUGUAAUCACUGUUCCUGCUUAUUUCAAUAACAUGCAACGAGAGGCAACAAAAGAAGCAGGAGUCAUUGCAGGACUCAAUGUCUUGAGUUUGAUAAACGAACCUACAGCAACUGCAAUCGUGUAUGGUGUCGAUCAUAUGGAAGAUAAAGAUUGGGUUAAGGAGAAGAAUGUAUUGGUGUUUGAUUUGGGUGGUGGAACUUUUGACGUGUCGCUUUUGAGAGUUGGUAAUAGAGGUUCCAUUGAUGUCAAAGCUGUUGGAGGUGACACUAAUUUAGGUGGUGAAGAUUUUGAUAUGACACUCGUUAAUCACUUGCAUACCACAAUCUCUGUAUUCCCAUAG